AUUCACCACCGGACAGUCUGGCUUGGCCAAUCAGGAUGCAAAAUGAACAAACCAUUGCAAACAAACCAAGAGGCGGCAGCUGAAGGCUGAGCAUAGAGGAACACACUGUUUGGGGACUAGAAAACUUUAAAACAUUUUUCUUUUUGGAUACAUUUUCAAUGCAGUUUUCUUUUUUGCAUUUGUAAUGAGAAGACUUUUUCAGUGAGAAGGCGCACGGUGGUCAUGGCUCAAGUCCAGUUUCUUGAGUUACCUUUGGAAACUGAACCAGCCUCCUGCGGGAUCUGGUUUCCAGUGAAGUGACGGCAACAGUCAGGACAAAGUUCAUAACUUUUUAUCAGCUUUCGUGUAAUGGUGCAGUUGCCUCUGAGAGGACAGGGUCCAGGUCAUGAAAGUGAAAACUGAACGAGUGGACGACUGGAAUCUUUAUGUGCCGCACCUCACCUGAGCUCAGCCUACUUGGAUAUGCGUAGCACACAAACUUCAGUGUGGCUCCGUUAAACAUUUCAGACGGGGUCAUGUAUGUGCUGUGCACUCUGGCCGUCUUGACCCUCCAUAACUUGUUGAGGAACUUAAGUGGCAAUACUUGGGUGCUGGACAAGACCCCUGAAGAUUCUGAGCAGGUUGAUGGGGCUUCCACCAGGAGAAAGUUGAGCAAGGCUUCUGCAAAGAGGCAAAGAGGAGAUGGCUUGCAGAAAUUACCUGACUGUCAGAUGAGUGUACAGCCGGUCCAGCGGUCCAGUGCGCUGCUCAGCCCGACGGUCAUGUUUGGCACAAGAAAGACCUGGGACCUCAACCACGCCCCCUGUAUGCAGGAGCUUUGGAAGAAAGAAGUGUCAUUGGAUGCGAGCUCAGUGGACUUUCUGAUGAGUGAUGGUGACGACGACGGCUCCUUCCUGUCUCUGCCCAGCUCAGGCUUCUCACAGCGGCCGUCUCUGACCGCCGAGCUCGUCGACGCUAACGCUUCGAACCAGCAGCUGCUGAUCCAGAGGGUCACCUGGUCCUUCCUGUCCACUUUCACUCAUACUCUACAGGAGAAAGUGUGUGAAUUCCAGACUCGACUUCACACUGAGGAAGUGGCUCGUCAGCUGCUGCUGCGACAGUUGCAGCAGCAGAGCAUCCAGGAGAGGACGUGUGGUGAAGUCUCUCAGGAGGAGAUUGUGCUAGACAGAAGUGUGAGAGCAGAGUCGUCUCAUUCUGGUCAUUGUCACGGUCGGGAGGAGCAGCUGGUUUCUCGGCUGCGCACACAGGUGGAGGAGCUGGAGGAGAAGUUGUUGGAUCAGACCCAGGAGGUGGAGAGACUUCGCUCUGAGCUGGGGGCGACGGACCUGGAGAAGCAGCUUGAGCUGCUUGAGGUGGAAAACCAGCGACUGAAGCAGGAGCUGAAGACCUUCAGGUGCUCUGAGCUGCACACCUCUGAUGCUGCUGCUGAGCUCGGUGGCUGCAGCCACUGCACACACAGUCAGGAUGUGGAGUCACUGCGGCGUGAAGUGUCUCGCUGUGAGAACGUGGCGUGGAAUCGGGAACGGCGGCUGGUGGAGCUGGAGCGAGAACUGAUGGAGAAAACCUCCAAAGUGGAAAUGCUCCAGCGUCAGCUGGAAGAUUCGGGCCGGCAGCUGGAUGAGACCAAGAGAAGACAGUCAGAAGUGGAGGAGAAACUCGCUGGUCGCCUCCAGGAGUGUGAAGAAGAGCUCGCCCGCCAGGUGGCCACGCCCCCCAGGGUCAAGUACGUGACACAGACGGUGGAGGUGGAGUCCACCGACUCUCAGAAAGCUCUGGCCGACAUGCAGGUCCGGAACGCUGCUCUGCAGGAGCAGGUGUCGGUACAGCGGCAGCUCCUGAAGGAGCUGGAGACACAGCUGCACGAGUCGCAGCGAACAAGCGCUCAGUUGAGGACGCAGCUGCUUGCUGGCCACGCCCACUUGUGCGACCUCUUGUCUACGGCCGCUGACAGGAGCAGCUCCCAGGUCAUUCGCAGGUCAUCAAAGAUCCUGGUGUACGAAGGUGAGAUGCAGCGAGCUCAGAGUCAUCUGGAGGCUGAGAUGCAGAACCUGGAGGAGGAGAAGAACCGAGUGAUUGAGGAGGCAUUCAUCCGAGCGGAGAGUGAAAUGAAGGCUGUGCACGAGAACCUGGCAGGGGUGCGUACCAACCUGCUGAGCCUGCAGCCGGCCCUGCGGACCCUCACUUGUGACUACAACUCUCUGAAGAAGCAGGUCCAGGACUUUCCCUUUAUGCUGGACAAGGCCAUCUCAGAGGCCAAGCAGGAGAUCUGCCAGGUGAUCAGUCAGGUGAGCAGCACCAACCAAGAGCUGCUGCAGAAAUACAAGAGAGAGAUGAACCUGAGGAAGAAAUGUCACAACGAGCUGGUGCGACUAAAAGGCAACAUCCGAGUCUUCUGCCGGGUCCGACCGGUCAGCCAAGAGGAGCAGGACUCCGCCGACGCCAAAACCAUGCUGAGCUUCGACUCAGACGACGACACCAUCCUCUACCUCACCAACAAGGGCAAGAUCAUGACCUUUGACUUGGACAAGGUGUUCACCCCGCAGGCCACGCAGGAGGCGGUGUUCCAGGAAGUUCAGUCUCUGGUCACUUCCUGUAUCGACGGCUUCAACGUCUGCAUCUUUGCGUAUGGCCAGACAGGUUCUGGAAAGACUUACACUAUGGAGGGCGUGGCCAGUGACCCGGGAAUCAACCAGCGUGCUCUCCGCCUGCUGUUUUCAGAGGUGACUGAGAAAACUGACUGGGAGUACAAGAUCUCUGUCAGCAUGGUGGAGAUCUACAAUGAGACGCUGCGGAAUCUGCUGGGUGAGAAUCCCACAGACAAGCUGGACAUCAAGAUGAACCCGGAUGGCAGCGGUCAGCUCUAUGUUCCCGGUCUGACUGAGUUCACGGUCCAGAGUCCUGAAGACAUCAACAGAGUGUUUGAGUUGGGCCACGUGAACCGAGCGACGGCGUGCACCAACCUGAACGAGCACAGCUCACGCUCGCACGGCCUGCUCAUCAUCAACGUGUCGGGGUACAACUGCACCACAGGAAGCAGCACUCAAGGUAAGCUGAACCUGGUGGACCUGGCCGGGUCGGAGCGGAUCGGGAAGUCCGGGGCGGAGGGCAGCCGUCUCCGAGAGGCCCAGUGCAUCAACAAGUCUCUGUCGGCGCUCGGAGAUGUCAUUAAUGCCCUGCGGAGCAAGCACUCUCACGUGCCCUUCAGGAACUCCCGCCUCACCUACCUGCUGCAGGACAGUCUGAGUGGAGACAGCAAGACCCUCAUGAUGGUGCAGGUGUCUCCGCUGGCCAGCAACAUGAGCGAGUCGGUCUGCUCCCUCAAGUUCGCCCAGCGCGUCCGAAGCAUCGAGUUGAGCUCAUCCACCUCCAGGAGACACGAAAACUCCUCCACCUCGUCCUCCCCGACACAUGACAGUGUCGAGCUGGACUCGCCCCCAGUGACCCCGGUGCCGCUCCCCAUCUCUCGGGCCAGCAGUGCCGGGUCCACGCUCUCCUCCGCUUCUCGGACGCCCAGCAGCUCACGCAGGAGGUCCCAGUCCCAACUAUCCACAGACAGACAGGUAGACAGAAGUAGCCCAUUGGUGGGUGACGGUGGGCAGGACGGCUAAAGAUGACGGCGUGAGCAGCAGUUCUGGGUCGCCACAUCCACGUCCGGAACCUCUCCGCCCGUCGGAGAAGAACAGUUUGGAUUACCGUGUUGUGUUGCCGUAGCCACUUUUCUUUGCGACUGAACUGAACUUUUUAAAGCAGUAUUUGCGCUCCACUCACAGUAUUUUUUUUUCAAUGUAAAGUUGCACUUUAAAGGUCGAGAUUAUUUUCGAAGGCACAGCCCUGACUGUGAUGAGCUCUAAUAUAUGCAUCAUUAUGAUUUAUGUGUUUGUUUGACAUGAACGUUUGGGUUUUUAGAUCAACCUCGUGAUCAGGGUACGUCACUGAGAGCAAUAGUUGUGAAGCAACACGGGGACGUGUGUCGUAGUCGAUGACAAGGCUUUAGAAACCCAUGAAGCUCCUGUGUGUCCUUGACCUGCAGGUCAACGUGUCUGCUUGCUGUGUGUCUGCUCUGUAGAUUUCUACAGUUUGGUUUUUGUAUUCCCUUUUUAAUAAACAAACACU